UGCCAACAGUAUGCCUAAACAAGUGGAGGUGAGGAUGCACGAGAGUCACCUGGAGCCCAUCGAGGCCAGGCCCCAGUCGAAAUGUGCCAAAAUCUGCUCCAAAUUGUUCAAGAACCUCCUGCUCACGCUCACUGUGCUGGGUGUGAUCCUGGGCGCCGUGUCGGGGAUGCUGCUUCGUGUCGCCGCCCCGCUCCACCCAGAUGUUGUCAUGGUGAUCGCGUUUCCUGGAGACAUCCUGAUGAGGAUGCUGAAGAUGCUGAUCCUGCCACUCAUCAUCUCCAGUUUAAUCACAGGUCUUGCCGGUUUGGAUGCCAAAUCUAGCGGUCGCCUGGGCACCAGAGCUAUGGUCUACUACAUGACCACCACGGUCAUCGCUGCUAUCCUGGGAGUCAUCCUGGUGCUGGUCAUCCACCCUGGCAACCCCAAACUAAAGGAGAACCUGGGCGAGGGCGAGAAAAAUGACGACGUGUCCAGCUUGGACGCUUUCUUUGAUUUAAUCAGGAACCUGUUCCCAGAGAACCUGGUGCAGGCGUGUUUCCAACAGAUCCAGACAGUCACAAAGAAGGUGGAGGAAGUCGUGGUGGAGGACGUCAAUGCCACUACCAUGGACGGUCUGGUGGCAAACGUCACCAAGGAACCUCAAUUCGUCAUCAAAAAGUCACUGCAGUUCAAAAGUGGCAUGAAUGUUUUGGGUCUGAUUGGUUUCUUUAUUGCAUUUGGCAUCUGCAUGGGCAAGAUGGGAGAAAAGGCCAGACUCAUGAUUGACUUCUUCAGCAUCCUCAAUGAGAUCGUGAUGAAACUUGUCAUCAUGAUCAUGUGGUACUCUCCCUUCGGUAUCGCCUGCCUAAUUUGCGGCAAGAUCAUCUCCAUUAAGGACCUGGAGGUGGUGGCCAGACAGCUGGGCAUGUACAUGAUCACUGUGAUCAUUGGCCUCAUCAUCCACGGAGCCAUCUUCCUGCCCAGCAUUUACUUCGCUAUCACCAGGAAAAACCCCUUCACUUUCUUCCUGGGCAUCUUCCAGGCCUGGAUCACUGCUCUGGGGACGGCCUCCAGUGCUGGCACACUGCCUGUCACUUUCCGCUGCCUGGAGGAGAAUCUGGGGAUUGACAAGAGAGUCACUCGCUUUGUGCUGCCGGUCGGCGCCACAAUCAACAUGGACGGAACCGCUCUGUAUGAGGCUGUCGCCGCUAUUUUCAUUGCCCAGAUGAAUGGCGUCCACCUUGACCCCGGCCAGAUCGUCACCGUCAGUCUGACUGCCACUCUGGCCAGUGUUGGUGCUGCCAGUAUUCCCAGCGCCGGCUUGGUGACGAUGCUUUUGAUCCUGACUGCUGUCGGCCUGCCAACCCAAGACAUCAGUUUGCUGGUUGCUGUCGACUGGCUGCUGGAUCGAUUCAGAACCUCAGUGAACGUGGUGGGUGACUCCUACGGUGCAGGCAUCGUGUACCACAUGUCGAAGGCUGAGCUGGAAGAGCUGGACGCGCACGCGGCCAAAUCCGACGACAUCGAGAUGAUGACAAAGACCCAGUCCUACUACGACGACAUGAAGAACCACCACGAAAACAAUUCCAACCAGUGCGUCCUAACCGCUACCGCAACCACAACUGCUAGCGCCACUGCUAACAAUUCUGUCGUAGUAGAUGAAUGCAAGGUAACCUCAGCCACAAACGGCUCUGCUGCGGAGUGCACGCUUGUUGAGGAGGAACCAUGGAAACAUGAAUAA